AUGCAUCCAAGCCUGAUCUGCUGUAUUUGCCUAGACGACAUGACUAACGACACUGCAAUUGUAGCAUUGCCUUGCGGCCAUUGCUUUGGAGAACAAUGCAUCGAGGAAUGCUUGUUAUCAGGUAGUACUAAAUGUCCCCUUUGCCAAAAAAACUAUCGUCAUAUACAUGUCCGUACACUGUAUCUUCCGUUGGAAGAGGAUUGCGAUAAGGCUUACAAAGAGAAAUACAAUGAAUUGAUGAAGAAAACGAACGCUUUGACAAAACAUUACGAGGUUUUGAAGGAUCUAUGUGACAUGACUGCAGCCAAUGCUCCCAUCAUCAGUAGGGUGAAUGAACUAGUAAACCAAAUGGCCAAUGUUCAAGAGGAAUUGAAAGGAAAAGCCACUACAGACAAGACCGUGAAUCCAGUAGUUGAACCCAAGCACAGGAAGAAAGGAAAGCUCUGCAAAUUAUUCGCUGGUAUGAAAUUAUGA